AUGUGCGGUGUCAAGGACGAGCUCGCCUUCGCCCUAAACAAGUACUACACCAAGCAGGGCAAGAAGGCCAGCGCCUACAGCUUCUCUGGCUCCGCCAGCAUCAAGGUCUUCACCAAGGCCAGCCCCAAGACCACCGGAACCUGCUCUACACAGUUGAAAGAGGCUGGCACCGCUGGCACUGUCACCCGAUGGCACCGCCACUGCGGACUAAAGCUCCUCCUCCACGUGACCUUUGGCUCCUUCCAGUGUGCCGCAUUCACGGCCCUGGUGGGAUUAUCUGGUCUUGGCAUGGUCCUUCUGUAA